GCGGCAGCAGCGGCAUUGGCAGCAUUGGCAGCAGCAGCAGCAGCGGCGGCCGCCCUGAAAUGCAUUUUCCUCUCCAGCGGCCAUGUUAACCAGGAAACCUGCUGCCGCUUCUGCCGCCUACCCAGCUGGCAGAGGAGGGGAAAGCACCGUUCGUCAGCUGCAGCCUUCGCCGGGACACGGGGCUGGGGCUCCUCGGAGUGGAGUGGGGACUGGCCCGCCGUCCCCCCUCACCCUGCCACCACUCAGGUCCAGCAACGCUGUGGCCGUUGCCUCCGCUGCUGCUGCGGCCCACACGAUUGGUGGCACCAAGCACGUUAUGAAUGAUCACCUGGUCAUUGGCAGCCACCCACAACUACAGGUACAACAGCUUUUCGAAGAUAAUAGUAAUAAGAGGACAGUUCUUACUACUCAACCAAACGGGCUUACGACGGUUGGUAAAACUGGAUUGCCGCUAGUACCAGAGAGACAGUUGGACAGCAUUCACAGACGUCAGGGGAGCUCGGGCUCCCUGAAGUCUGGGGAAGGACCCGGAAAGGUAAAAGCCGCCUCUAUGACCCCGGAACAGGCGAUGAAGCAGCACGUGCUAAAGUUAACCACCUUCGAACACCAUGAGAUUUUUAGUUACCCCGAAAUAUACUUUUUGGGUCCCAAUGCAAAGAAACGCCAAGGCACGACGGGUGGGCCGAACAACGGCGGCUACGAUGACGAUCAGGGCUCUUACGUGCAGGUGCCCCAUGACCACAUUGCUUAUCGGUACGAAGUCCUGAAGGUCAUCGGCAAGGGCAGCUUCGGACAGGUGGUGAAAGCCUACGACCACAAAGCGCACCAGCACGUGGCCCUCAAGAUGGUGAGGAACGAGAAGCGUUUCCACCGGCAGGCGGCGGAGGAGAUCCGGAUCCUGGAGCACCUGCGGAAGCAGGACAAGGACAACAACAUGAACGUCAUCCACAUGCUGGAGAACUUCACUUUCCGCAACCACAUCUGCAUGACCUUCGAGUUACUGAGCAUGAACCUCUACGAGCUGAUCAAGAAGAACAAAUUUCAGGGCUUCAGCCUGCCCUUGGUUCGGAAAUUCGCCCAUUCGAUUCUGCAGUGCUUGGAAGCGUUGCACAAAAAUAGAAUCAUUCACUGUGACCUUAAACCCGAGAACAUCUUAUUGAAGCAGCAGGGCAGGAGCGGGAUUAAGGUGAUCGACUUCGGCUCCAGUUGCUACGAGCAUCAGCGUGUCUACACCUACAUCCAGUCGCGGUUCUAUCGGGCGCCGGAAGUGAUCCUCGGGGCUCGCUACGGGAUGCCCAUCGACAUGUGGAGCCUGGGCUGCAUUUUGGCGGAGCUCCUGACCGGUUACCCUCUCUUGCCCGGGGAAGACGAAGGGGACCAGUUGGCUUGUAUGAUUGAACUCCUGGGCAUGCCCGCCCCCAAACUGCUGGACGCAUCCAAACGAGCCAAAAAUUUUGUGAGCUCUAAAGGUUAUCCCCGCUACUGCACGGUUACGACUUUGUCCGACGGCUCCAUCAUUCUGAAUGGUGGCCGCUCGCGGAGAGGGAAACUGCGGGGCCCGCCGGAGAGCAGAGAGUGGGGGACGGCCCUGAAGGGCUGCGACGACCCUCUCUUCCUUGAUUUCUUGAAACAGUGUUUAGAGUGGGAUCCCGCCAUACGCAUGACCCCCAGCCAGGCGCUGAGGCAUCCCUGGCUCAGGAGGCGCUUGCCAAAGCCUCCCACCGGGGAGAAGACCGCAGCAAAACGGAUCACGGAGAGCACUGGUGCUAUCACGUCUAUAUCCAAGUUACCUCCACCUUCAAGCUCAGCAUCCAAACUGAGGACUAAUUUGGCACAGAUGACAGAUGCCAAUGGGAAUAUUCAGCAGAGGACAGUGUUGCCAAAACUGGUUAGCUGAGCUCCGAGUGCCCUCGUGCUGGUAAUCCGAGAGAUUCUAUAUUGCUGGGCCUUAUUCAUUUGAAACAAGUAGCUCAGAUAUGUUUUCAUUUGCUCAAUAAUUUUACUCAUUUGUAUCUUUUUAGCACUUAUUUUAAUGUAAGAGUUGUUUCAUUUUGUUUUUAUAAAGUAUAUGGGGACAAUGCUUUAAGUUUUUAUAGUUUUAAAGAAUGUUUUUGUCUUCUAAACGUGAUGAUGAGCCUUACUGUAUUUCGUGUGGCAGAGAAAUAAAUAAUCAGUGGCAGGCCAUUGAUGACAACAUGACUGUCACGCAUUGCA